GAUAUGAUGAUUAGAGCAUAACCAGAGUGACACGUUGAAUUCGCCAUAAUCAAGGAAACCUUUUCCGGGUGGGGAUCUCUGAAAUUACUCAGUGAGCAACCCUAAUUAACCUGAUUUUUUGCUGAUAAUCACUCUCAAUGGAAUCAAAUCACAAAUCCGGGGAUGGAUUGAGCGGAACCCAGAAGGAAGCAGCCCUCCGCGCACUGGUCCAGCGCACAGGAUAUAGCUUGGUCCAGGAAAAUGGACAAAGAAAAUACGGUGGCCCUCCGCCUGGCUGGGAUGCCGCACCCCCAGAACGGGGCUGUGAAAUUUUUAUUGGAAAACUUCCCCGAGACCUUUUUGAGGAUGAACUUAUACCACUAUGUGAAAAAAUCGGUAAAAUUUAUGAAAUGAGAAUGAUGAUGGAUUUUAAUGGCAACAAUAGAGGAUAUGCCUUUGUAACAUUCUCAAAUAAACUGGAAGCCAAGAAUGCGAUCAAGCAACUUAAUAAUUAUGAAAUUAGAAAUGGACGCCUCCUGGGGGUUUGUGCCAGUGUGGAUAACUGCCGGUUGUUUGUCGGGGGGAUCCCAAAAACCAAAAAGAGAGAAGAGAUCUUAUCGGAGAUGAGAAAGGUCACUGAAGGGGUUGUGGACGUCAUCGUCUACCCAAGCGCUGCAGAUAAAAGCAAGAACCGGGGCUUUGCCUUUGUGGAGUAUGAGAGCCAUCGGGCAGCCGCCAUGGCCCGGAGGAAGCUGCUGCCAGGAAGAAUUCAGUUAUGGGGCCAUCCGAUCGCAGUGGACUGGGCGGAGCCAGAAGUAGAAGUUGAUGAAGACACGAUGUCUUCAGUGAAAAUCCUGUAUGUCAGAAACCUUAUGCUGUCUACCUCUGAAGAGAUGAUCGAAAAGGAAUUCAACAAUAUUAAACCAGGUGCUGUGGAGAGGGUGAAGAAAAUUCGAGACUAUGCUUUUGUGCACUUCAGUAACCGAGACGAUGCAAUUGAGGCUAUGAAAGCUUUAAAUGGGAAGGUGCUGGAUGGUUCUCCCAUUGAAGUGACCCUAGCCAAACCAGUGGACAAGGACAGCUACGUUCGGUACACCCGCGGCACAGGCGGAAGGGGCACCACAUUGCAAGGAGAGUACACCUACUCUUUGGGCCAUGUUUACGACCCCACCACAACCUACCUUGGAGCUCCUGUCUUCUAUGCCCCCCAGGCCUAUGCAGCAAUCCCCAGUCUUCAUUUUCCAGCCACCAAAGGACACCUCAGCAACAGAGCCAUUAUCCGAGCCCCUUCUGUUAGAGAAAUUUACAUGAAUGUACCUGUAGGGGCUGCGGGAGUGAGAGGACUGGGCGGCCGUGGCUAUUUGGCAUACACAGGCCUGGGGCGUGGAUACCUGGUCAAAGGAGAGAAGAGAGACGAUAAGCUCUAUGACAUCUUACCUGGAAUGGAGCUCACCCCGAUGAAUCCUGUCAGUCUAAAACCCCAAGGGAUUAAACUUGCUCCCCAGAUAUUAGAAGAAAUUUGUCAGAAAAACAACUGGGGACAGCCAGUGUACCAGCUACACUCUGCCAUUGGGCAAGACCAAAGACAGCUAUUCUUAUACAAGAUCACCAUUCCUGCUCUGGCUGGCCAGAAUCCUGCCAUCCACCCCUUCACGCCUCCAAAGCUAAGCGCCUAUGUGGAUGAAGCAAAGACCUACGCUGCCGAGUACACCCUGCAGACGCUGGGAAUCCCCACAGACGGAGGGGACGCUGGGACUGCAGCUGCUGCUGCUACGGCUUUUCCAGUUUUCUGUGCCUCCUCUCCAGGUUACGCCAUCCCCAACGCAGCUGCCCCUGUGUCUGCAGCCCAGCUCAAACAAGCAGUGACCCUCGGACAAGACCUGACACCAUACCCCGCUUAUGAAGUCUACCCUACUUUUGCAGUGACUGCCCGAGGGGAUGCAUAUGGAACCUUCUGAAGAUAUCUUUUUGAAAGAUCUAAAAAUAAGACACACAAAACUUUUCAAGAAGAAAUAAACCUCUAACACAGUCCCCUAAGGAUGCUCACGGGUAAUAUCCUUCCUACAGCCGUGCCUUUGCUGAGACCAUCCCUUUCGCUAAUUGUAGAAUCAUGAGGUGAAUGUUAUUCCAAAAUGAAAUCAAAUGUUAAGGAGCCUUUUGUUUAACAGGAAGCUGGAGAGCCAUUGCCCUCAGAAAUUGUUCUGUGUUCCUGAGUGUCUUGGGAGCGUGUUUACAAACCCCGACAGAGUGGAGAGAGAUCUUUUAGCCAGCAAGGGUUGGGGCUGAACAGACCUAGGUAGUCAGUAACCACAGAGGAGAGCCUGGUAAACUGUAGUCUUAACCCCUGGCUCACAGUUACUUUUGUGGUUCACAAAAAUCACAAAAGCAAAAAGAAGAGAGGAGGUUGCUCUUCGAAACACAGUCACCGUUUUCCUCUGUGUGGGGCAAGAUCCCAGCCCCGUGCUCAGGAAAGACCAUCCAAGAUUUGGUGAGGUCAGCCACACUGCAGUCUAAAAAUGCUCCUGUUUGUCACAGAUGAGGAUCUCUCUGUCACUUGCAGCCCCUGGGACUUCAUAUAAAUGGAUAUGAUGUGUAGCAGACAGAGUUAAAACAAACAUAGGCCCCAUUAUUUACUCAUCAGCCCACCACUAUGUUUCCCUACGACUCCUAUCCUCCCCAAUAAUCCUUCCAAUAUGAAGUGAUUUGUCAUCUGAAACAUUUUGACUUGCCCACAGUUGAUUUAUUUUCAUUUCAGAACUCGUUUUGUUCCUUUCCAGUAUCAUAAAAAUGUAAAUCAAAUCUACCAAAUAACGUUUAUGAUGCUUUUUCCUAUUCAGCAAAUUGGCUGAAAAGUCAUUUCAAAGACAGAAGUGAAGCUUUGCUUUUUUUUUUUUUUUUUAUCUUUUUG